UUCCCCGCCAAUAAAGUAUGGGAAAGUCACACGAGCAUUUCAGGAACAUUUAUGUUCAACGAAUGCUAUAAUGCAUUGCAUGUUUGCUCGAUAUUAAUAUUCGACUUUGAAGUAAGACAGCAUGAGCGUAUUACAACACAACAACGGGAAAAUGGCAGGAGUAAUUAUAAGUAGCCCUAAGAAAAUCCGAAUCGCAGAAUUGACAGCAGCUUCACGAAAAUACACCCCUGGAAUAACCAUUCGGUCGGAGCCAAAACGACCGAAGAAUCCUCCCCGUCAGACGAGGAUCGGACUUUUUGGAGUACCUGGCGUUGGGAAGUCGGCCCUCAUUAAUUCUCUUCUCUAUGUCACUGGGGAUAUGUGGCACCACAAGGCUCCAGAAGGGUACGUUGACAACGCUGCAAUCACCAUGACACGAGAUUGUUACGACCUGACUGACCAUCUGGCUAUCUGUGAUAACAGGGGUAUGCCGGACUACAGCGAAACGGUCAUGAGCGAAGUUCAAUACCAAUUAGGGGGAGCCCGGCGUGAUGGCGAAAAGGUUGUGUGGGAUAAAAAUGCAAUACAGAGACUAGUUGCAUACAUUAAUAAGCUGAAGUCCAAAUCAACCAGCAAGGAAUUAGAGAUCCACUGUGCCGUAAUAGUUAUGAGGAGAACAUCCCAUUUUAGUAAUAACGCACAAAGCAACGUUUGACGUCAAGGAUGUGACGUGUUUCAAAUCCGGCCUUCCCGACCUGGGAGUUCGAUUCGUCUUCGAGAUCGAGAACUAUACAAGGGUGGAUCACGCCUAUGACGAAGAUAAACAUAUGGAGUUGCUGGAAGUUCUCAACCAGUGUACGAUCGUGGCAGAUAAAGCCUUAACAUCUGCCAAAAAACAAGAAUCGCAAGAAUCGGGUUGCAUUCUUUUGUAGGAUAACAGAAUUAGUUGACACCUGAGUACAUGUAGGGCGAUAUUUGAGCGGCGAUCCCAGGGCGAACUUUUUUUCAUAUAGUCCUAUGAGUUUGCCUCUAAUUGCGCCGAAGAUUAAAAGACUAUAUGAAAUACACUUCAAGUCUCAAUUUAAAAAUUAAUAAAGGGGCAAUAAAUCGAACCUUCAAUCUUAAAUUGGCAAUGCAAGCCUUAAAGGAUUCUAACAAUGAGAGCCAUAAUAGAUAUAGGGCAAAUUGCUUUUGAUACUUUACGACUAUUGAAGAUGUAUGAUUGAUGGAGUAAACAAUAAGAAACCAUAUAUAGUGGGAUUACCUGACGCAGAAUAUAGAGAUUACCGUAAGAGAAAAAUAUAUCGGGGGAUGGGGGUCCUCUAUGACUCUCAAGGGUCGUCUCUUAACCCCUGAUUCCAUGAUCAUGACGACAAAAUUUACACUGUUAAAAAAACCCUGAUUUUACAGAAAAAAACCCGGAAGAUUUUGC